AUGGCUGUUGAGAUGGCGUCGACGUCGGAAGCGAGUCUCUGGAGAGACCCUUACGAGUCUGUUAACCUCCCAGGCGACAAAAACCCUGUCAACUUUUCUCCUGGUAAAAAGGCACGGGUCGUGGCAGCAGGCGUCACCAUCAUCGUCAACAGCGCCCUCGGCUCCUCGUUGCCCUCUGGGGCUGCGAGCGACAUCGCCAAAGAGUUCUGCGUCACCGCUCCUCUACAACUCGUCCUCCUGAACUCGAUAUACAUGCUUGGCUUUGCGAUUGGGCCCCUCAUCUUUGGUCCCCUGAGCGAGCAUGUCGGGCGCCGAAUCGUGCUCAUAGGCACAUACCUCGCGUACAUGGUCUUUACGCUCUGUUGCGCCGUGAGUCCAACAUAUGGCACGCUGCUGCUAUUUCGCCUCCUGUGUGGCAUAGCAGCCGCAGCUCCCAAUGCUGUGGUCGGACCGCUGUUUGCCGAUAUAUAUGAUCGUCCCGAACCCAGGGGCAGGUCGAUGGCGUACUUUAUGUGUGCCACCUCGAUGACGCCGCCAUUUGGACCUAUAAUCUCAGGAUAUGCAACCAGAGUCUCUUGGAGGUUGACCUUCUGGAUUGGCCUCGCCAUCGCCGGCGUCUGCCUCCCGCUCGUGGUAUUUCUCCCGGAGACGUACGUCCCCGUUCUCAAGAAAAAGCCUUUUGUCAUGAUCACCAAGGAACCAGUGGUCCUUUUCUCAGCCCUUUACCUAGCGCUAAUCUAUUCGACUCUGUACCUGUUCUUUCAAGCAUAUCCAAUCAUCUUUCAAGGGGUGUAUGGGUUGUCGUAUGGCGAAGUUGGCUUGACUUUCCUACCAGUGACUGCUGGCUCUGUUCUUGCUCUGGUGAUCUUCCUCUGCUAUAGCGCUUAUCACUCUUCGGCCAUGAAAGCGGGUGCGCCUUGGGCGGCCAAGAUUGAAUAUCGCCGACUUCCCCUUGCCUGUGCAGGCGGUCCAAUGAUCGUGAUAUCCCUGUUCUGGCUUGGAUGGACAGCCUACCCGAGCAUUCAUCCAGCAGUACCUGCAGUUUCGGGCCUAUUCUUCGGAGCUGGCUAUCUCAUAAUCUUUAUAGCGCUGCUAAACUACAUCACCGACGCUUACAGGCAAUUCUCUGCGUCUGCACAAGCAUCUGCUAGCACGCUGCGGUCCAUCACUGCUGUCUGCCUACCCCUAGCGGCACCCCAGAUGUAUCACAAACUUGGGGUCCAGUGGGCAUGCUCACUUCUUGCAUUUGUCACCUUGGGGCUGGCAUUGAUACCGUUUGUUUUUAUUCGAUACGGAGAAGCCCUUCGGAAACGGAGCCCGUUCUGUCAAAAGCUUGCCCAGGCUCCAAGCAUGAUUGUCGCGACAUGA